GCAAAUCACUCUAUCAGAGCUGGCAACACGACUUUGGCGGGAAAGUUACAUCAGUGCGGCAAGGGAAACUGACAGCGUUUCUGUGAUUUAAAGGUCUCUUGGUUUAAUUUUAUAAUUUAACACUAUGGAUGUACCAUCUCAUCGUGUUGGACCACUACAGAAGAAAGAUCCGGUUGGGGAUCGAGUGCAGAAACUGUUUCAGGAUUUCUUGUCUGAGUACAUGAAUGAUGAAGGAGUUCCCAAGUAUUUACAGUAUGUCAAAGAUCUUUCUCGUCCUGAGAGAAAUACAUUACAUGUCAGUUUUGAAGAUGUUGGAAAAUACAACCAGAGUUUAGCAACAACAAUACAGGAGGAAUAUUAUCGUGUAUAUCCAUAUUUAGGUAGAGCCAUUUCAAAUUUUAUGGCUGAUAAAACAGUAUAUGUAACUGAAAAAGAGCUAUAUAUUGGAUUCUGUGAUAUUCCUACAAGACAUAAAAUCCGUGAGCUAACUGCAUCAAAGAUAGGGACUCUUUUACGAAUCAGCGGACAAGUAGUUAGAACACACCCAGUGCAUCCAGAGCUUGUUAGUGGAACAUUCAUAUGUUUAGACUGCCAGACAGUUAUUAAGGAUGUGGAACAGCAGUUUCGCUAUACUUUGCCCACAAUUUGUCGAAAUGAAGUUUGUAAUAACAGAAGUCGUUUUCAACUUGAUGUGAGUAAAUCUCGUUUCGUUGAUUUCCAAAGAGUGAGAAUACAAGAAACUCAAGCAGAGCUGCCUAGAGGUAGCAUACCUAGAAGUGUGGAAGUGAUUUUGAGAGCUGAAGCAGUUGAAAUGGCUCAACCUGGUGAUCGAGUUGAUUUCAUUGGUACCUUAAUUGUUGUCCCAGAUGUUAGUCAAUUAUCUAUUCCAGGAAUUCGCACAGAAUCUAGUGCACGACAUAAAGGGAUGGAAGGAUUUGAAACAGAAGGUGUUAGAGGUCUCAAAGCUUUAGGUGUUAGAGAACUAUCAUACAAGACAGCCUUUCUUGCUACAACUGUUAUACCAACUGAUUAUAGAAUCAGUGCAGUAGAAUUGUUGUCUGCUGAAGGUGUAAAAUCUAAUGAUCUUUUGCAAAAAGAACUUACUAGCCAAGAGUGGCAAAAGAUUUAUGACAUGAGUCUGGAUAGAAAUCUUUAUCAAAAUUUAAUAAAAAGUCUUUUCCCUACAAUACAUGGAAAUGAUGAAGUGAAAAGUGGUAUCUUGUUAAUGCUGUUUGGAGGUGUGCCAAAAACAACUGAGGAGGGAACAUCUCUUCGUGGAGAUAUUAAUAUCUGCAUUGUAGGGGACCCAAGUACUGCCAAAAGUCAGUUUUUAAAGCAAGUUUCUGAGUUUUCACCCAGAGCAGUUUAUACCAGUGGAAAAGCUUCCAGUGCAGCAGGUCUGACUGCUGCUGUUGCUAAAGAUGAAGAAUCUGGUGAAUUUGUUAUCGAAGCAGGGGCUUUAAUGUUAGCUGAUAAUGGCGUUUGCUGCAUUGAUGAGUUUGAUAAAAUGGAACUGAAAGAUCAAGUUGCCAUUCAUGAAGCUAUGGAACAACAGACAAUAUCUAUAACAAAAGCAGGAGUGAAGGCAACAUUAAAUGCUAGAACAUCAAUUUUGGCAGCAGCAAAUCCUAUUGGUGGUCGUUAUGAUCGUACAAAAUCUCUAAAGCAAAAUAUUGCUCUAUCAGCUCCAAUUAUGUCCCGGUUUGAUCUAUUCUUCAUUUUGGUGGAUGAAUGUAGUGAGGUUACUGAUUAUGCCAUAGCAAGAAGAAUUGUAGAUUUGCAUCAGAAUGCGACAGACUGUAUUGAGCGUGUAUAUACACUAGAUGAAAUAUUAAAAUAUAUCUCAUUUGCUCGUCAAUUUAAACCAAAGAUAACUGAAGAUGCGCAGAAAUGUUUAGUGGAACAUUAUCAGAACUUACGAAUGCGAGAUGCCGCUGGAGUGACAAAAUCAUCAUGGCGCAUAACAGUUCGUCAGUUAGAAAGUUUAGUGCGUUUAUCCGAGGCCAUGGCUAAAAUGAGCUGUAGUGAAGAGGUACUUCCAAAACAUGUAAAAGAAGCUUAUCGAUUAUUGAACAAAUCCAUCAUUAGAGUUGAGCAACCUGAUAUCAAUUUACAAGAAGAAGAAGAGGAGGAUGCAAUGGAAGUUGAUGAAGAUGAAGAUGCUUCACAAAAUACACGAAAUGAAGUAGAUCCAUCUUCUGAAAGGGAAAGACCUCAGAGACUUACCCUUACUUAUGAAGAAUAUAAAGCUCUGUCAAAUAUUCUUAUUUCAUGUCUGCAGAAAGAAGAAAGCAAAUGUGAUGAAACUGAAUUUGAAGGCAUGAGAAAAAGUCAGUUGGUGAAUUGGUAUUUGAAGGAGAUAGAGAGUGAAAUAGAAUCUGAAGCAGAUCUUAUAAAAAAGAAGCUUCUGGUGGAAAGAGUUGUUGAUCGAUUAAUACAUCAUGAUCAAGUCAUAAUACCUUUAACAAAAUCAAGCUUCACAGCUGAAGAACAAGAUGAAAAUGAUCCAAUAUUAGUGGUUCAUCCAAAUUAUGGAGCACUUGAAGUUUAAGUCAUCUCAUUUCAUUGCAGAUAAAAAAAUAUAAUAAAAAUAAGAUAAGAAAUACUGAGCCUAUUAAGACAUUAAAAAAUUAAAUUUUACUUUAAAUAGAGUUAAAAUUGGACUUCCAUUCUCCAUCUUUGUUCAAAAGUAAAUAAGAUAAUUGUGUAAUGUUUCUUGUACAUAUGCUUAUUUUUGUAUUUCUCAAAUGAUCUUAUAUAACAAACUUUUUUAUUUUAAUUCUUAUAUUAGGUAUACAUCACACUUUUGUUCUUUCAAAUGGUACAUUAAAUGGACUGUUUGAAAUCCAUAAUUUUGUAAUUACAGAAAAGAAUAAUUUUCUGUAAAAUCCAUAAUUUUGAAAAAAAAAGAAAUACACUAUGUUGUACUGCGUAAAUUGUGUAAGAACCAUUAUUUUGGAUUAGUGCCUUAGAUAUUUACUUUUGUAUUUUAUAUGUAAAUAAAAUCAUGUUACAUUACAGACAAAUGA